AUUUUCAACAUACGUCAAACGUCAUAUGUCUGCAAAAAAGGAUUAAACCCGGUAUUAAGUUUAAGUAAACAACCAUAUGUUCGAUAUGAAAAAAGGCAAUUUCAAAUUUUAUCUGCAAACGAUUAUAAUGGCAUUUAUAUACGGCAAAGGUCGAAAUUUUUCAUAAAAUGAACCUUUUGCAAAAUAUACCAAAGUCAACGUGAAAAACACGAACAACAUAAACAUUAAAGUGGAGGAUUUCUUGUAAUAAGAAGGAAAAAAGCAGGGCAUUUUUAUGCAUUCAUUUUUAGAUCAGUUAUAUUGUGAUACUAGAACUUUUUGGGAUGUAAAUAGAUAAUCUUGAAGUAUAUGUAAUUCUGUUUAUUUCAGUUCUUCUCAUUGUUUAUCGUAUAUUACACGAGUGUCGUGAUUAAAUUUGGCAAUGUAACCAUUGUUGACGCGCGCGGUAAUAGUAUUUUUCACGGUCGUCAGAAUGCAAAAGUAUAGGAAUUUUCUUAAAGUUGGAUACUUUGCGCUGAAAUUGUAUCUAUGCUUGAAAGAAAAACAUGCAAAUUUGGAGAGUUGUAGCGUUUAGAAGAAAAAUGUACUUCCUUCGCCGGAUAAAUUGAGUUUGUAUCGUUUCAAAAGAUAUUAUAAAGAAACAAUGGAAUGCAAAUUUCAGGUCCAUUCCCUGGAGAUAUUUGUAAAAAGCGAGUAAACCUUGUUCGAAAUUGAUGAAUCAACUAGUUUCUCGUGCACGACAGUUCGAUAAGCAUUGAAAGUGACAGUUUAAAAAGCUAAUAAACAACAAUGAGAAUUGAAGUAAAAAAAUUACACUUGCACUUCAAGGCUACAUUUACAUCCCAAAAAGGUUUAGAUACAAUGUAAUCAGUAUCUAGUCUAAAAAAAUUUACAAAAGUCACUUGCUUUUAUUGUUUUUACACGAGAAUCCUUCCGUACUAGAAAAUUCUCUCCUUUUGCAUUAGAACAAAAUUUCCAAACAACAGAAACUUCUGUAUCAGAGAUUAUUUGAACGUGAAUUCUUUAACGUAUCCUUAAGUCCUAACAUCUCAACUUUCUAAAUGCUGACAUUGGUACUUCUUGCAUCAAGCCGCAGAUACACAUAUUUAAGUGUAUAUCAUAUUCAGUUUCUUUAAAUUCCAAGCAGAUUACUGUCCAGCAAAAUUUUCAUUGUUACAUAUGUACGCAAUUUAAAUUUUGUCUUUCUUUCUCACUUCGCGUGAAAUAAUGUCUGAAUUUCACUCUCAUACGUAUAUCGUGUGUAUUUUACAGAACAAUUUCUCAAACUUUUAAAGAAACAGUUAGAGCCUGAAUUUCGUUUCUGUAUAUCCGACCAAACGCUGUCUCCUCGAAUUCUUUAUAAUAUGUUCUUCCCCAAACUGAAAUGACGAUGUCUAGCCUACGAUAUCAUAAAAUUCCCCAUAAAUGUAGAAAUAUCCGCAGUACAGCCACUAAGAACCAACCAAUUCCCCUUACCAAAGAUAAUCCAAUAAACCUGCCAAUAAAUUACCAAUAUAUUUCGCUUUCGAGCCGUCUCCUAUACAACGACAAUGAUCUCAUACUCUAACGAUUAUCACAUGACCAAACCAGUCCUGAAAAACUAGCUUUCUAACUUGAAGCCUAUUAAAAAAUCGGCUGAUUACGGUCCAUAGGCAAAAUAUAUAAAAUUUGGUGCGGCAAUUAACGCGUUAAUGGAUCAGAAAAGUUCCGCGCGAUUCAACGCACAAGGGGACAGACCUUGGCGUUCGGCUGGCACGCUCUGAUCGAUAAAACGGAAGCAGGCAUCGUUCAUGGGACGGUUCGACGUUGAUAUCUGGCGAAAAGGGUGCAGGGGCUGGAGUCAAUCAGAAGAUCAGGAUGGGGACGAGACAUCAGGGAUGGUGUUUCACGACGCGACGAGGUCAUCGAAGCAAAGAAAGAGAAGGCAGAGCUUGUCGUUUCACCGCAAACCCGAAAAUAUCCAUGUCGACCGGUAUGUUGAAACCUGGCAUAAGCUCUGGCCGGUUGCCAAAAGAGCGGUACUCGGUUGGAGGCCACGCCAGGCCAGAGGCGAGCGGCCUCGUCGAUCCCAACGUCCGUUAGGCCUCACGAAAAAAAAAGAAAAAAAAAACAGACAAGUAAAAAGAAACCAGCCAGAAGAUCAUAGACCAUGUCCUUCUAUAACGUGCAAGACUGCGAAACACAUAAUUAUUGAUUUGCAAAAGUAUAAAACGGAUAUAGAGGAUACAGCGUUCCAAACGUCUUUUGACCAGUUAGCUGUUGCGAUCUCUUUGCAAAGUGUGUACCUAAAAUGCGUGGCAAAAGGUUUAAAACUUUAAACUUUGACGAUGAUUGGCG